AUGUAUCUAUUCGCUAUUAUAUCUUCUCUUAUUUGCAUUCAAUUAUUAUCGACAGCAUCAAGUGAUACGAGCGCUGUCAAUCCAAGUUUUCUAUCACCUGUCUUAACACAAUUACCAACAACAUUGGAUAGCCAAGAAACUUUUAAUAAUGAUGAUGAAAAUGAUGAAGGCUAUGUUCCCUAUCCUCGAUCGACGUCAUUUUUAAGAUUUGGUCGACAAAAACCAUCAGGAUCAGCAUCAUUUCUUCGUUUUGGUCGUUCACAUCCAUACAUUGUUCGAUUUGAUCGUGGUGGACAAAAUGGAGGAACAUUUCUUCGUUUUGGUCGACAAACUCAAAAAUUAGCUUCGAACAGA